UCAGGAAGCACAUCCUGUCGGUGUCGGGCUGCCGUGGCAGCGCCGCUAUUUGUUGCGGUUGGCUACGCCCUCCAGCUCACCAAAAACAGUCUCAAAAACAACCAUUUCCUCUCUGCUGAGAGCCGGGGAAGGCGAGCUCCGCGCACACGGGCGUCCCUGCGGCAGCCACUCUGCUUUCCAGGACCGGCCAGCUGCCCUGGAGGCAUCUGCACAGGGGUCCAGGCAGCACAGAGGAGCUGUGAACCCGCUCCACGCCGGCCACCCUGCCCGGAGCCUGGCGCUCACAGCGGGCCGGUGCUAAGGAGCGUGGUGCGGGCUCGACUCCCACGGCUGCCAGCCUCCGUCCGGAGUGACUCUGUUUUCCACUGCUGCAGACGAGGAGAGGCACGCGCGGCGCAGGCCGGCCUCCGCUUCCCAGGAAGACGGCGCACUCCUGGCCCUGGGUUCUUGCUGCUGCCCACCCUCUCCUCCCUGGGAUGGGCCCCGAGGCGAGCGGCUUCAGCACAGGCCUGGCCCUGCUCCAGGUGCAGGAAGGAGGAUAAGGCUGGGCCGAGACGCGGCUCACCUGGACCAUCCCAUGGGCCUCCGCCCGCGCCAGGCCGAGGAUGAGCGGUGAUGUCCUCUAGCCGUCCCUAGCAGCGUCGGCUCUCCCUGGACGUGCGGCCGCGGACUGGGACUUGGCUUUCUCCGGAUAAGCGGCGGCACCGGCGUCAGCAAUGACCGUGCAGAGACUUGUGGCCGCGGCCGUGCUGGUGGCCCUGGUCUCACUCAUCCUCAACAACGUGGCGGCCUUCACCUCCAACUGGGUGUACCAGACGCUGGAGGACGGGCGCAGGCGCAGCGUGGGGCUGUGGAGGUCCUGCUGGCUGGUGGACAGGGCCCGGGGAGAGCCGAGCCCUGGGGCCGGGGCCAGGGCCAGCCAGGUGGACGCACGUGACUGUGAGGCGCUGGGCUGGGGCUCCGAGGCGGCCGGCUUCCAGGAGUCCCGAGGCACCGUCAAACUGCAGUUCGACAUGAUGCGCGCCUGCAACCUGGUGGCCACGGCCGCGCUCGCCGCAGGCCAGCUCACCUUCCUCCUGGGGCUGGUGGGCCUGCCCCUGCUGUCACCCGACGCCCCGUGCUGGGAGGAGGCCAUGGCCGCUGCGUUCCAACUGGCGAGUUUUGUCCUGGUCAUCGGGCUGGUGACUUUCUACAGAAUUGGCCCAUACACCAACCUGUCCUGGUCCUGCUACCUGAACAUUGGCGCCUGCCUUCUGGCCACACUGGCGGCAGCCAUGCUCAUCUGGAACAUUCUCCACAAGAGGGAGGACUGCAUGGCCCCCCGGGUGAUUGUCAUCAGCCGCUCCCUGACGGCGCGCUUUCGCCGUGGGCUGGAUAAUGACUACGUGGAGUCACCAUGCUGAGUCACCCUUCUCAGCACUCCAUCGACGCGCACCUGCUAUCAUGGAACAGCCCACGAACCAAGGGAAUCCACCACCAAGUCACUUCCCCUGCUUGUGCAGAGGCACAGGAUGAGUCUGGGUGACCUCUGUGCCAUGUGUGCGAGACGCGUGUGCGUUUACUGUUGUCGGUCAUAUGUCUGUAUGUGCCGUGGGCCAACCUCGUUCUGCCUCCAGCUUUCCUGGUUAGCGCAACGCGGUUCCACGGCCACGCGCGCUUCAGGGUGGAGGCUGGAAGCUGAGACACAGGUUAGGUGGCGCGAGGCUGCCCUGCGCUCCGCUUUGCUUUGGGAUUAAUUUAUUCUGCAUCUGCUGAGAGGGGCACCCCAGUCAUAUCUUACACUUUGGUAAAGCAGAAAACCAGGAAAAUUUUCUUAAAAUAUCCACAAUAUUCCUUGAGUGAGUCAGAAUCUAUAGCCGAUUAGUGAUGGUUUCAGACAGAAUCGUGUUCGUGUCUGUUUUGCUCGAUUCCUUUCCUAAGUUAAAUAAAUGCAAGCCUCUGAACUCUGUCUAUAA